UGUGAAUGGCAAGGAUGUGGGCAGGACCUGCAGGAUCAAGACCAUGCAAGGUAAGUCUUGCAAGGAACAUCACACACCCCAUUACUGGUUUACCAGAAACGGGCAAAUCUGUGGAUUAUUAUCUGAAUAUAUCCACAGUUUUCUGCACCAAAUGGUUGCAGAAAAAGAAUUGCUGCUUGAAAAUGUGAGUUCUCUCUGAAGGCACAUGCAGACGGGCACCAAGAUGCUGAUCCACCCCACCCACAUAUUUUCCCCCCAGCCAUUUUGCAACUUUCUUAGAACAAGUUUACAAUAGGUUGGCCCCAGCCCCUGCUCAGUCUAAGAAUAAUCAGUUAAUCAAUUCUAACAGGAAUUCCUCUCUACAGGGGCUGUCAGAUUUUGACCUAGUGAUGUCAUCCAUUGUUUCGCAACUCCCUUCCCUCUCCCAUCUGUUGCCAGAUGGAACUGGGAUCCUGUUUGGUACAGCAGGCAAGGAAGGUGAGUGGGAGGGUGGACCAGGGAUGAAUUCUACCAGGAGCAAAUUCUGCUAGUCUUUCUAUCUCAAGUUAUUAAAACAGCAAGUAGUACUGAAUCUAAGCAGGAACUGGCAACCCUAUCUUCUACCCGCCUUCUGAACAGCCUCGCCCAACAUUUUUUCACAGCUAUUACUAACCACAAGGCAACCUUUCUCUAUUAUGACAUCAGACGGAGGAUAAUAUCUCAGCGGAUUUUUAACAAAGGCAACCAUCGCUUAUCUCUGUUGUAUAUAAUCUUUAUUCUACUAAACCCAAAAUUACAAUGAUUCGUGCUGAAGAUUAAAAAAAAGAAGCCUCAGUUGACAGCCCAAGCUACACAUUACAGUGACAGACCUUCUGACACCAUUGAUAUAUUAUGCAACGGUAUGAUUUAAAGAACCAAUAGUCAGGGGGUGCUGAACUUCCCACCCACUAUCUAUCUGAUCAUACCUUUUGCAAAAAAGGAUUGUUAGAGUUUGGCAUCAGGGCCUAGCUGGAGGAGGAAAGGACUCUGGUGGACAGACCACUGGGCAGUAAGAGUGUUUGGCAUGAGAUGAUUCAGCAUUUCAUGCCUACACACCCAUUUGGUCUUAUAAACUUCACUUCCAACCUUCAACUUUACAUGACUUCUUCUCUAUAGAGCUUUUGGUGAAUGCUGAAGGUACACCUCUUUACCCCGGCUUUUCACAUCUGAGAUGUGUGCAUAGGAGCCAACUCCUAAGUGCCAAGGUCCCUUCCCCCCCCCCCAAUAAAAUAUUUGAAGGAAUUGCUCCCCCCCAAAAAAAGUUGAUGGUCAUUGUCAUUCAAAUUAUGUGUGUGCUACAACUUGUGAUCAUGAUUGAUACAGGGAGGUGCUUACCUACCCCAAACAAUAUUUUAUUCAAGUCGGCACCCCUGAAUGCAUGUGUUUUCUGGGCCUAUACUAUUCCUGCACUUAUAACCUGUUUUAACUGUUUUUAAUUUUUAAUUUGAAACUGCUGUAACCCACCCUGAGACCUGCUGGUGAAGGGCAGGCAAUAAUAAUAAUAAUAAUAGCAAUAAUAAUAUUAUGAACGAGAGAGUUUCUUUUAAAGAUGUGGGUCUUCUGUCAUGGUGUGUAACUUGAGCCUUAUAUAGUGAGUAUAUUUUUUUCAAGCUGGUGCCAAACUAAUUUUCUGCCAUAAAAGGAGAAUAUUCUUCUGCUAGAUUGAUCACACACCCAAAACAUGCUGCUUUAUUUCUCUUCGUGACAGGGAUGAGGAACCUGUGGCCCUCCAGAUGUUGUUCAACUCCAGCUCCCUUUGGCCCUCGCCAGUGAUGGGAGUUGUGGUCCAGCCACAUCUGGAGGGUCACACACAGGCUCCCCAUCCUUGCUGAAAGGGAACAUUGCCUCCCAUGCUCACUAUUAGCCCUGGAAGCCAUGCUCCUUGUAUUUGCUGGCCAUGUCGUUGCGGAACAGCUCCAAGGCCUUCCUCAUUGCCGCUUGCGAAUCAGCCCCAAAGUCUGCAGAAUGUUUUUCAGCAAUGACGCCAACAAUUAUUUCGCAAAUGAACUGUGCAGAAAGAAUGGGAGGGAAAGAGAAAUGUAAAGCUGGCAGCUUUCAAAGAAAGUACGUCUGAAAUAUCAAAGCAGGGAAGGUUAUUUUCUACAUUUGGGUGGGCUUUUCGGAUCUACUUUGGCUUUUUACGAGAACCUCAUGAUCUACCAACCAAAACCAAGUACAAAAGGAGUGGGAAAGUUCCCUGUCUGAAACUCUGGAGAGCACAUGCACCAACAUUCUCACUCAGUAGAAAUCAACUUCCUAUAACGCAAUGUUUGUAUAGAGAGAGAGAGCAGAAAACAACCUCCCAUCUCUCUCCUGCUUUUAUCCUGGUCAAUCAAGAGAAUUAUUCCACUACCCCCCAUACAGACAUACACGGCUGCCUACCUCAAGAUACUUGACCGGGAUUUUGUGUGUGUUGGCGUGGGUCUGUGCCAGGGGUGCAAGUUCUGCCUCGUGGUUCCCUUUCUGCUUUAGGAUUUUGCCCAAGGCUGUGAGGACAGUCGUUCCAUGCUUCUUGAGCUCUUCUGAACUCUUCAUGUCAUCCACCGUCUUCAGGUUUUUGAACUUGUCAAAGCGCUCCUGGGUCUCCGGGUGCUUCUGAAACAUCCUGAAACCAUUGAAUUGAAUUGAAUAGCCCAGUAAAUGUAGAGUACUGGUAAAUGGGUGGCGGUGAUUAAACUGGCUAUCCAAACUGGCUAUCCAUCAAAGAUGCCACCUGUAAGAGAACCCAUAGCUACCUGUGUCAUUUAUGUUCCCUGAUAUCAGAGUAACUGGGAAAUUAUGACAGUGUGAAAGUAACCCCUUCAUAGGAAAAUGGGAGUUUCAAUCUUCAGAAUGUCAUUCGAAUAACAUUGUUGGGAAUCUUCUGCAAUUUAAUGAGGCCACAUUCCAAGCUUUGUUGGAAGAGAAAUGCCCAGUUUCUGCUCCAAAGCCCUUAAAAAAACCCCUGAAAUCAUCUCCCUGUUUAAACAACUAUUCAUAUGCCCUUGAAGACAGCCUAAAAAUUGAAGCUAGUGAGGAAUGCAAUCACACAGCCAUAUUAGUGGGCACUUCUGCACGAUGGCAUGCAACACCAGUUUUGCAGGAUCUACCUAUAUGUUACCAGGCAGGUCCAAUUCAAGGUCCUUAACAACCUGGAACUUACAUAUUUCUUGCAGUGCUUCUCCCCAUAUCAACAAGCCAAACCCUGAGAACAAAUGGGCAGGGGAUGCAUACAAUCCCACCGAUGACUGUAGGUGUAGGCCAUCACACAGGGACCCAGAGAAGGCCUUUUUCCUAGUUGCACCACAGCUAGGGAACCCUCUGUCUAGAAACUUUGACACAAUUGGGAUUUUGCCCUAUAGCAAAUAUGCUCUUGUUCGCCCAGGCUUUCAGAGGCCAUGUUUGCCUUGUCUGUUUUGGUCUUCUUCUUCUUUGGCGAUCACUCGUAGCCCAGUAAGAAUGUCUUAUUCCUCUGCUGAUUAUAAUUGUUUUGUUGUUGUGGUUUUAAAUGGCAUUUUAGGAUUUGUACUUCUGGUGUUCAGAUUAGGCACACAGGAACAUUGGAAGCUGCAUCAUAUCACAUCAGGUCCUUGGCCCAUCUAAUUCAAUAUCGUCUACACUGACUGGCAGCAGCUCUCCAAGGUUUCAGACAUGAGGUUCUCUCAGCUACCUGGAGAUGCCAGGGAUUGAACCUGGGACCUUCUGCACGCAAAGCAGAUGCUAUAGUCUUUGAAUAACACAUGUAAACCACUUUGAGGUCACCUUGUAUCUGGCUGGCCAUGAUGAGGAACAAGAAUGUCAUCUAGAUGGACUUUUCACUUAAUCCAACAGGGCUCUUUUUAAGCUUUUAUGUCAAUAUUGCCUCCAGUGCCAAUGGAACCAGGAUCUUUCCUUUAACCCCAGAUUUUUGUCACUCGCCCUGCUUAGCUCCAUUUCAUUACAGGUAUUCCAACCAUCCAAAGCAUCUUUGCUAAUAACAGUGGAACUUCAUCCUCAGAAAAUUACUUACAGCUACUUUGUUGGAUCCAUGGUUUCCUCCUGUUUUGCUUGCACAAAGCUAGCACAGUGGUUAGGCUAUCCCCAGUUUUUAUUGAACAUUCAUUCUGAUUUUUCUAUCCUAACGUGUCUGUGGCGUGUUUUCAAUUUUUUCUGCUAUUCAUUCAUCCCACAUUUUUCAGUGCAUUUCCUAACCACAAAAAAAUUGUGUUUUCUUUCAUUUUUAAAGUGGAUAUGUUUGUGCUAGGGCCACACAGUCCAUUAACUGUGCAAACAUACGUAAAUGUGCAAUAUGCACUGGAAUCCCUCCUGCAAAAUAGUAACUGUCUGGAGGCAUCCCAUAUAUCUGGACAAUUUUCUGUGCCCUUUUCCAAGAACCUCAGUUGGUUUGACAUUCAGGAAGUAAUAAUGCAACUAUGGUUCUAAUCCUCUUUUAUUAUGUGUUAAUGAUUCAGUCAGUAAUGUCAAUUACAAAAGCAACCUAUAUCUUAUAGCAGUAGAGAUCUAUUUUAAAAGCUGAUAAAAAAAAACGAGGCUGAUAGGAAUUAAAGCUUUCAGAUUUAUCUGCAGAGUUGUCUUUCUCUCUGUUCCACCCACAUAAUAUCAGAAACUUUGCAACGUUCCUAAGCUGAUUCUUAAAAAUGCCACUAUGCUAACUCCGCAAGAGAGCUGCUUCUCAGAUUUCGGUCACCGGCUUCUGCUUACCUGAUGAUAACUUCUUGCCCAUGAGCAGGGAGGUCUGGUUCCACUUUCCCCCAGAUGUCUACGACCUUCUGCCAUUCCUGAUCACUGAGCCCCAUAAUGUCGCCGCUCAGGAAACAAUGGAAAGUGAGCAGUUCAGCUAAAUAGAUACAAGCAGCCUGUGUGUCCUUCCUCAAAUGAAUUGCGAGCGGAAAGAUCUGUGGGCUUAAGAAGCUGACCUACAGAUUGGCACCUGUCAUUUGACAGCUCAGGUCUAGGUCACUCUGGUCAAUCCCUCCCUCCCUCCCUCCCUCUCUCUUUUGAGUCAGGUGCUAUUGUGGCAAGCCCAGAAGAUGAAAUAAUUGCUGUGUCUGGUACUGGGCUGGCAUAGAUCCCAUGCCCAACAGAAAGGGCAUCGCCAAGGUUCACUGCCAAGAACUUGUUACUCAGUUUCCAUCUUGAGAACACAGGAGAUGCCACAAUUUUGAGUCGCAUAUUUGAGGACCAAACAACAGAUUGCACAGCGGCACUCGGUAGUGUGCAUUUAAAUGGUUCCCUCCCAUCCCACCGUGCCUUUUCCCAUACCUAAAUCAGACCCUACUAGCGUUAUUGUGGCGUGUGGAGCUUACAGAUACUUCACACUCACAAACACACACAGAAGGGGCUAAUAGCAACAUUUGAUGAGGAAAAUUGUGCAUGAAGUAGUGGGUAAAUACCCGCUACAUCAGAGCCUUUGCUGGGAGAAAAGCCAGAGAUUUGCAGCUACUUUUAAUUAAAAAUAAAAACUUCAAUCACUGGUCCCCUGCCCUCAGAACUACAGUUUCAAGAGUGCCAAGAUUGCCCAUGUUCUUCAGCAGGCACCCACUUGUCCUUGAGUGCUCUCUCAACAAGGACUGAUAGAGUGAGAGUGCCCAUCCUGUGUAUUUUUGCCAACUGUGCGUCACUGGCCAUAUUCACACCAUACAUUUAAAGCACUAUGAUGCCGUUUUAAGCAGUCGUGGCUUCCCCCAAAGAAUUCUGGGAGCUGUGAUUUGUUAAGGCUGCUGAGAAUUGUUAGGAGACCCCGAUUCCCCUCACAGAGCUACAAAUACCAGGAGCGGUUUAACAAUCAAUCCCUUUUUCCAGGGAGCUCUGGGGCCUGUAGCUAUGUGAAAGGACAUGGGGAAACUCUCAGCACCCUUAACCAACUACAGCUCCCAGAAUCCUUUGGGGGAAGGUCAUGACUGUUUAAAGUGGUAUCGUAGUAUUUUAAAUGUAUGGUGUGAAUGUGGAAAACUGUCAGAGGUGUAAGACAACGGAAGAUCAACCUUGUGUACUUGUUGGCCUAGAUCUGCAUUCCCGCUCCUGAACCAACACCACAGUUGGCCUCUUGUUUUCUCAGAGGGCAGUUGCUCAGGUGCCGCUGUCAUGAUUAGCAAGCCUCAGCAGCAUGUUCUGCAGUGACUGAGCAACUGCAAAACAUUUCCUCUUCCUUAGAAAGGGGUGGGGACACCAGUAUUAAAUAUAUUUAAAUCAGGCAUAGGCAAACUCGGCCCUUCAGUUGUUUUGGGACUACAACUCCCAUCAUCCCUAGCUAACAGGACCAGUGGUCAGGGAUGAUGGGAACUGUAGUCUCAAAACAUCUGGAGGGCCGAGUUUACCUAUGCCUGAUUUAAAUCAUAGAAUUGUAGAACUGUAGAGUUGGAAGGGUCUGACCCCUGCAACGCAGGAAUCACAGCUAAGGAAUCCCUGACAGAUCCAAUGAUUGAAAAUGUAAUGAAUCUAUUAGAUUGUUCUUGCUAUGAAAAUCAGAUUCAGGAUGUAAAACUGAACUGUAGAAAGGAUUUUAACUGCUGCGUAUAUCAUAUGUGAAUAUAGAAACUGAAAACCGUAAUUCUCUUCUUUGUUUGUCCAUGUAACUUAGUUAUCUGAAAAAGUUUGUAUUUAAAGGACGCAUGGGAAGAAAAGUCCCAUUAGCCAGGUGGAAAUCCUGGAUAGGACAGCUUUGUAGCGCUACAUUGAAUACAUGCCUAGGGAAAACCUGCAUAUUAACAAGAGUUUUGAAGUAACUUAUGGUGGCUGGGAAGGGCAGGUCCUGCGGGUACAUUCAGAACUUAAUGGCAGAUGGCUGCAUGGCAGAGGAGAUAUGAUCAUACUAAGAACGUGAGACGAGCUCUGCUUGAUCACAGCAAAGGGUCUCUAGUUCCAUUUAUGGUGGCCAACCAGGUGCCCAUGGGAAGUCCACAAGCAGGACGUGAGGGCAAUAGCCCCGAGGGGGACAUAAGCUCCAAUAAAACAGACACACACCCUGAUCACUGGCCACACUGCUUGGGGCUGAUGGGAGUUGGAGGCCAACAACAUGCAGAAGGGUCAUAUUAUGUUGGACCCAACACAGGGUCCUUGAUAACAUUUUGUGACCCAUGUGGGGUGGGGGAUAACCAAACAUCAGGGUCAGGAAUAAAUACUGGUGGCAAGGAAGUUACGUUUUCUUUGGAUUUUUGUUCCAGAUUUGGCCUGAUCUAGAUCUACUUUAGAUCUACUGAUCUAGAUCUAGAUUACCCGUGAAAUUGCAGUAGAAAUUAUUAGAUCGGGGAUAAGAAACACAUGCUUUCCAUACAUUGUUGGAUUCCAACCACCAUCAGCUCUAGCCCAGGCUUCCUCAACCGCAGCCCUCCAGAUGUUUUUGGCCUACAACUCCCAUGAUCCCUAGCUAGCAGGACCAGUGGUCAGGGAUGAUGGGAAAUGUCUCAAAACAUCUGGAGGGCCGAGGUUGAGGAUGCCUGCUCUAGCCCAUGAUCUAUGGUCAGGGGCAAUGGGAACUGGAGUCUGGAGGGCCACACAUUCCCUGUUGCUACUUUAGAGGUACCCUAAAAACAGUCUUGAAGCUGAAUAUCCACAGGCUAUUGUCUUAUUGCUGCUAAUCCCAGUCUUGCAUCUGUUGUACAUGAUCUACUGCCAUCUGGUGGCCCUAAGGGAGAAUUGCGGCAAGUGCAGACUCAUUUUCGUUCAAUGCAAAAUUCAGCCUAAAAUAAUUUAUGACGCCAGUGAGCUAUGCAAAAAGAAUGUUUAUGGCUGCACCCUGUGGUGUGAGGAAAGGCUGCCGAGCUAGCAUAAGACACUGGAAGCAAUACAGUUGUUCUAUAUCCACCUCUAUGAACCAGGAGGAUCUAAAGUGCAGAGUAACUAUCCAGAUUGAUGGAAAGUCAGCGAGGGAAGGUAGCAGGUGGGCUAAUUAACAGCUGAUUAACAAGAUGCGAAUUGCUAUUAGCAUUAACAUUAAUUAUCCCUGAGCAAAUGUGUACAUGUCAAAUGAGACUGGGUAGCACAGACCUUCGAGGCAGAUUUGUAUGCAAUAGAAGCUUAAAUGUGAAAAGCCCCCUAAUAUUUCUACCUGGGAGGAAUGGUAGGGAAAUGGUAGCUAUUUUUAAUAGUCCAUUAUGCCCAGUAUAAAUUCUUCUAACCAUACAGCAUCUAGGUAAUCUGUUGAGGAACCACAAGCCUUCUCGCUUUCUAUAUCUACCACCACCACCCCUCUCAUUGCUCUCUCUCCCCCUCCCUCUCCACCCCCCCACCCAUUCACAUUUUCUCUCCCUCCCACCCCACAAUCUGAAGCCAAUCAUUCAGGGUUAAAAUGCUCCCCAUCCAGUACCUUUGCACACACCUCCUCCCUCCCACAAGCCCAGACCAACUCUCCAGGUCUUUUGUGUUAGAAUUCCUGCUCCAUGAUUGCAGUCAUGGGAUUUUUGUCUAUUUUUGAUUUGUAACUGGCUGACUGACCGAACCCAAAGGGUGCUCAUCAGUGGUUCCUCUUCAUCCUGGAGAAGAGUGACUAGUGGGGUGCCACAGGGUUCUGUCUUGGGCCCGGUCUUAUUCAACAUCUUUAUCAACGACUUGGAUGAUGGACUCAAGGGCAUCCUGAUCAAAUUUGCAGAUGACACCAAACUGGGAGGGGUGGCUAACACCCCAGAGGACAGGAUCACACUUCAAAACAACCUAGACAGAUUAGAGAACUGGGCCAAAACAAACAAGAUGAACUUUAACAGGGAGAAAUGUAAAGUAUUGCACUUGGGCAAAAAAAAUGAGAGGCACAAAUACAAGAUGGGUGACACCUGGCUUGAGAGCAGUACAUGUGAAAAGGAUCUAGGAGUUUUGGUUGACCACAAACUUGACAUGAGCCAACAGUGUGACGCGGCAGCUAAAAAAGCCAAUGCAAUUCUGGGCUGCAUCAAUAGGAGUAUAGGAUCUAGAUCAAGGGAAGUAAUAGUGCCACUGUAUUCUGCUCUGGUCAGACCUCACCUGGAGUACUGUGUCCAGUUCUGGGCACCACAGUUCAAGAAGGACACUGACAAACUGGAACGUGUCCAGAGGAGGGCAACCAAAAUGGUCAAAGGCCUGGAAACGAUGCCUUAUGGGGAACAGCUAAGGGAGCUGGGCAUGUUUAGCCUGGAGAAGAGGAGGUUAAGGGGUGAUAUGAUAGCCAUGUUCAAAUAUAUAAAAGGAUGUCAUAUAGAAGAGGGAGAAAGGUUGUUUUCUGCUGUUCCAGAGAAGCGGACACGGAGCAAUGGAUCCAAACUACAAGAAAGAAGAUUCCACCUAAACAUUAGGAAGAACUUCCUGACAGUAAGAGCUGUUCGACAGUGGAAUUUGCUGCCAAGGAGUGUGGUGGAGUCUCCUUCUUUGGAGGUCGUUAAGCAGAGGCUUGACAACCAUAUGUCAGGAGUGCUCUGAUGGUGUUUCCUGCUUGGCAGGAGGUUGGACUCGAUGGCCCUUGUGGUCUAUUCCAACUCUAUGAUUCUAUGAUUCUAUGGUGUAUAUUUUGACUCCACAAAGUGGGAAGUGACGGAGACAGGAUGUUUGCGUUACUGUGUUCCGUGAAGUGGGACUAGUAUCCUUUGUUCUUUUUCUCUUUGCUGUCUGAUGCUAGAGAGAGAGGGAGCCAUGUUGCAGUGCUCCGUGUGCGUUUAUAUGUAAAUAAAGUAGAUUAGCCAAAAUGCUGAGUUGCUGAGAUCCGUUACGCAACUACGAAAACUCUGCGGAUCCCUAAGUGUGCCGAUGUCUGUUGGCAUUGGUUGCUGUGCUGUUUGGGCAGAAGAAAGCUUUUGAAGCUCCCGAACGAACGACCAGGAGGGAGAGAACAUGCCAGUCGGGCAUGUGUCUCUGCCAGGGUCCCAAUCGAGUGUAGGACAAGCUCCUGACAUUUUGAUCCCUCCACAUGUUCUUUGUCAGAACAUGAGAAGAGCCUGCUGGAUCAGGCCAGUGGCCCAUCUGGUCCAGUGUCCUGGUCUCACAGUAGCCAACCAGAUGCCUGUGUGAAGCCAUCAAGCGGGACACAAUCACAAGAGUCCUCUUCCCCCUCCUGUGGUUCCCAGCAACUGCUACUAAGAAGCAUUCAUGCCUCCUUUAUAUCCCUUUCAUUUCUCUUGCGUUGGUUGGGGAGGGGAGAGAGAAGCACACAUACACAAAUCUGAGCACCGCUUGGUGCUCUCCAGCUUAAAAACACAGCAAGCUACUGGAGGAGGCACAGAUUGCUCUGCCCUCCCCUUGGCAGCUCCCCUGCUGGCUGCAAAGGAAGAAAUGCCCCUCACAUUGCAACCAGCAUGGAAACACAGCGGGGCUGCCAGAGCACAGGCUGAUUUCUCUGUCCCUCCUCCUUUUUGCAGCUCACUCUGCUUCUCGGCUGGCCUGAGAUGAAGAGAAUCCACACACACACACAUCCAGGACUUUCCCCCUGCAGCCAGAGGGGGCACAGAGCCACAUAAUAAUAAUAAUAAUAAUAAUAAUAAUAAUAACAAUAAUAAUUUAUUAUUUAUACCCCGCCCAUCUGGCUGGGUUUCCCCAGCCACUCUGGGUGGCUUCCAACAAAGUAUUAAAAUACAGUGGUCUGUUAAACAUUAAAAGCUUCCCUAAACAGGGCUGCCUUCAGAUGUCUUCUAAAAGUCUGGUAGUUGUUGUUCUCUUUGACAUCUGGUGGGAGGGUGUUCCACAGGGCGGGUGCCACUACCGAGAAGGCCCUCUGCCUGGUUCUCUGUAACUUCGCUUCUCGCAGUGAGGGAACCUCCAGAAGGCCCUCGGUGCUGGAGCUCAGUUUCUGGGCAGAACGAUGGGGGUGGAGACGCUCCUUCAGAUAUACGUUUCUGAUUGUGGUAUCAGUUGGCCUUCUCCUAAGGCAGGACUGGACAACCUGCUUCUGGCCUGAUUUUAUGCAACCUUCAGACUCGUUUUAUACAGCGCGAGGGGGACAUGGAAGCCUGGAGGGGUGGGAGAAGGGAAGUGGAGGAAUUGGGAAGGGAUGCAAAAUGUAUGGCGGAAUGGAAAGAGGAGGGUAGAAUAGCCAUCUGCAAUUGAUCGUUUCAGGCCUCUGGUAAAAGAUAUCCCUCCCCUAGCAAGGGGGAGGGGGAAGAAAGGUGUGACAGAGAGACUGAGAAGGGGUGGCAGGAAGGGGGGGGGAGAAGAGAGACCAUGCCCGCUUGUGGUUCUAGACCUGCCACCCACUGACUUUGGCCCUGUCCACUUCCAGCAUUCAGCCCUUGAUAGAUGCUGGAGGAAAGCAAAUACAUUUCCUUCUCCUGAACUUCCUAGUUAAUGCAUGUGUUAGUUUAAACAAGUGAGGGCACUGUUUGUGUAGUAAUCUUUUUAAUAUAUAUAUUUUUAAUUAGUUUUCCAAUAUACCCUCAAUAAUGGCCAAAUUAUAAUUCCCAAAUUAUUCAAGUAUCAAAAUGCCAAUCAACUUCCAAUUAAUACAUUUUAGUUAAACUGGCUCCCCACAUGGUGGCUCAGGUGCAUUUCCGAUCUUAUAUCACUGCAUUCCAUAAUCUUAAUUAAUGUCAGUUACAUUUCAGUUAUAAUAAUAAUUCCUUAGUCAACAGCUACAAAACUAAUGAUUUCCAUUCAUGAUGUUACAAUAUAUAAAUUUCUAAAGCUUCAAGUGAGGAACUCAAACUAUUAUCUUUAUUCUGCCCUACGUGUGAAAACUGUUACAUCCAUGGAGAUUCCUUCUGUCCAUAUAUGGUGUUGUCUCUUUCACUUCCCAGCUGUUGUGUUCUCCCAUCAUGGCUUGGGGCAGAUAAAUAGGUACCACUCCAGUGGGAAGGUAAACGGCGUUUCCGUGCACUGCUCUGGUUCGCCAGAAGCGGCUUAGUCAUGCUGGCCACAUGAGCUGUACGCCAGCUCCCUCGGCCAGUAAAGCGAGAUGAGCGCCGCAACCCCAGAGUCGGCCAAGACUGGACCUAAUGGUCAGGGGUCUCUUUACCUUUAUGGCAUAAAUAACCCUCCUGCUUUCGUUAUUCAACAAAGGAGAGACUGCGAUAGGCAAGCUCAUCUUCCCUGAAGCAGAAAAACACAACACAGCGGCGGCACAGCAGCAGCAGGAGGCCCCAUUAGCUAAAGUGGUGCUUCAGGUUAAGAACAGUUUCAGGUUAAGAACAGACCUCCAGAACGAAUUAAGUUCUUAACCCGAGGUACCACUGUAUCAAUAUUACUCCAGCGUCCCUUCCUCAAUUGUAAAUAUCUUAUCUUAUCUUAUAUUCCAGAGGGGGUUGCCAAAUCAUAAAUAUAUAAAAGAAGCUUAGAAUAAACAAACUAACUCUCAAGCCGAAGAAAAUCUUAUCUCAAUUCAAACAUUUUAUCCAUGUAGCUGGUAUAUUCUGCAGUAUGUUGUUACAACUCUUUUCCAUCAUGCACCUGUAUUUUAAAGCCAAUUAAAUAAUAAAUUAUUAUUAUAUUAUUAUUAUUAAAGAUCCAAUUAAAUGGAGAACCUCUGCUUCUUAAUGGUGGCGUAGGAGGGGUUUUGCCAGGUGAAGUGCUUUUGCACUCAGCACCUCCCUGCCUCCCACAUUCCAUUCCAUGCUGGAGCGAGAGCCAGGUACUGAGACAAACUGUGAGUGAAGCCCAUUCCCCCUAUCCCUGGGGGGAAUUUGCAAGGAUGAUUUACCCUCUGACGUCCUUGUUUUUUGUUCGCCGAUGAUCCCCUGCUGUCGUGGGGGCUGCCUCCAUUAAGGCAGGCAGGACCGGAAGCCCUGGUGUGUAGUAAUCUAGCUAGCACAUGUCUGUAAGUUAACUAUGCUUAAGUUAACUCCACCUCUAAAAAGUUGAGCCAUUUUGUUUGCUGUUCUCUCCAGACUAGAUGUGCGCUAUUUUCUCUCUCCGCUCAUCCUGUAAAUAGUUCCUGCAUGAAUAAAGCCUUUGAACUCCAUAAACCAUAAGUGAUUAUUCCAAUCCAAUUCACCCAAGCUGCAAGGUCUAUCAAUAGAUUACUACCAGUACCCCAAUGCAAUGCAGUCCUUGACAGUAAAACAGGUGUGUACUCCACCCCCACCAUAUCCUACAGUCAAUGUUUAUUUCCCCUUGGCUUGGCCAUUCAUGCCCCAGACCUUUACAGUGCCAUAUUCUAGCUUGAGUAGGGCUACAGAUAAGCACAGCUGAAACCGCUUCAGCUUUUGCCUCCAUACAUUCACAACACUUUCUAUUGGACCCCCUUUCAUUUCUAGACAUUUCACUCAUUACUAAGAGGCCUGCAGGAUCUCUCCCAAGUAUCUGGGGGGGGGGGGGAACAGUGUGGCUGGAUGCAUGCUGCAUACAGCCUAAGCACUUGUCUGAUCAGCCAGAAUACGUUUCGGAACAAAGAGGUGUAUUAUAUAAGCAGCUUACUGCAUUUCUCAUCGUUCCCACUCACAUAUGGAAAUUACUCACAGAGUCAUGACAUACACAUUUACUGUACUGUAAUUACAAGUCUGGCAAUUUGCUCUGUAAGAAAAAUUAGCACACCAGUGAUAAUUUGGCCGAAAUGGAUUCUUUUCAUUCUGGAUAUGUCAUCAUUUUUUCUCCUUUUUUCUUUUGAAUGGGGCUCUCCCACGCACACAUGCGCAAUCGCCCUCCCUUGCACACGUCAUCUUGGGAUUAUCUUCUUGACUCUUGCUGUGGUUUUUGUGCUCAAGGUUUAAACAGAAACAUUCAUAAAGAGAUUAUUCCUCCCCGCAGGUUGCUUAAACGAGCAAGUUUCUCUCCGUGGGAAUCCUUCCAUCCUGCAACCUAGCAUGUUGUGCUAAAUCAGAGGUAGCCAACGUGGAACCCUCUUCUGCCUGUUUCAGGACUACAACUCCCACAAAGCCCAGUUCAUUGGCAAUGUUGGCUGGGGCUGAUAGGAAUGGGGUUCAAUAAUCACAUUGGCUACCCUUGCGCUAAAUGCACAGCAUUCAACUAUUUCUGUUUCCCUAAAUGCACAACUAUAGUUGCAGGACCCCCACAGGUUUAAAAUGCACAAGGAAGGCUGAACCCUUUGCUCCCCAGGUGUGAUCUCUAUAACAUUGUGUCUCCACCCCGCCCAGUGUUGCAUUUAGCUUUGUAGAGGAGAGUUCCCAUUGGUGUGUAUUUUUCCAAGCCUCAUUGCUGCUCAGGGGGCCUGUCUUUAUCAUCUUGGAAGGGGGAGUUCUUAACCCUCCUCACCCUUGGGUUGCGAUCCCAGUAAAAACCACCCUCAUUGGGGCAUACAUGACUCUGCCCUUUCCAUAUUAUCCUACAACAUCCCAUGAAAUGGAUUGGGCAGAGGGUGGGUGUCUGUCCCAAGAUCGUCAGUGAACUUCAUGGAUGAAGAGGGGAUUUUAAUCUGGGUCUCCAUAGUUCUCAAAUGACACUCUAACCACUACACCACACUGCCUCUAUUUGCUGGUAGUCACAAGAACUGCUAUAUGUGCAGGCUAUAUGGUAGCUACCUCCCCCUUUUACUGCAGGAUUGUUAUUUAGGGAUGGGGGAGAAAUUUAAUUCCAUUCACAUUUCAAGGUGAACUUGCCUGAUUUUAAACUUACCCGAUUUGCACUUUCGGAAAUACUAUGUGAACUGAAAACCCUUUCAAAUAUUUGCACUCAGGCGAAUUUUGCAGUGCAGUUCUCUAGCCAAGUAACGUGUACAACAAUGCAUAUAACUAAAAAGUAUGCAUAUAUUAGUGAAGAUAACAUACAAAUAUCCAUUAUACCAAGGAAAUUGUUUUGUGUAAUGUGCAUAUAUUAGGGGAAAUCACAUACAAAAAUGUGUGUACUAGGAUAAAUUCACACUAAAUGCUGUUGAACUUUCAUAAGGCUAUUUUAAAAAUAAAUAAAUAAUAAAAGUGUGAAAAUGUGGAGAACCAAACUCAAGAUUCAAAGAAUGACAGAUUCGACCCUACGGGUAUUAAGGAGGCUGUUACUGGCAGCCUAGUUGUAUUUUUCAAACCUACUGUGUCUUCCUAUGCCUGAGAGGCCUCUGAUGACACUCAGUUGUCUGCUGUUUGUGCAAACUGCAAAUGUCAAUAUUCUCAUCUACUUAUUAACCAGGAACACACCUCCUCCACCUACUGCUAGACUGCUCUGCGCAUCAGUUUAGCAGAAGUCACCCAGGCAAAUCAAAAAGGUAAGCCGAAGAGGGUUGUCUGGGUCCCGUUCUGUUGAUCUUGCCAACCUAACAGCCAGCAAACAGAUUUGGUGUUGCCUUGACAGGAGGGUUUUCCAUGGGGAGAAAAGCUACAGAGGACAGGGGUCCUAACCAGGUCUACACAGAAGUAAGUCCAUUGCUCAGCUGGAGAAAUGCAUUGCAGCAUUUGGAUAAGGGCCAAUUUCAGAUAGCUGCGUUUUGGUUUGCAUACUGUUUCAGAAAAUGUGAAUACCUUUAUGGAAACUGGAUCAAAUUUCUGCUCCAUCCCUAGUCUUAAGCCUUUCAUCUAGUUCCUCCAUAACCUUAGGAUUUAUUCGUCUUAGGAUGCCUAUGCACCACCAUCACAGUUAAAACUUAUUUUUUUCCCAGUUUGUCUGCUCUCCCUCCACUGUUGGAGGCAGUGUACGUCUGAAUAGCAGCUGCUGGGAGCCACAAGGUGGCGAGAGAGUGCUCUUGUGCUCAGGUCCUUACCACAAGCAUCCCGUUGGCCACUGUGAGACCAGGAUGUUGGACUAGAUGGGCUCCUGGCCUGAUCCAGCAGGACUUCUCUUGUAUUCCUACGCCUCACAGACACAGCUUGAGUGUGAGGAAUCUCUAGGUUCAGAUGUGUGCAAAGAAUGUAGAGACCAGGCUAAAACUGAAUUCAGUAAUUCAAUUACAGUGGUACCUCGGGUUACCGAUGCUUCAGGUUACAGACGCUUCAGGUUACGGACUCCGCUAACCCAGAAAUAGUACCUCGGGUUAAGAACUUUGCUUCAGGAUGAGAACAGAAAUCAUGCUCCGGUGGCACAGCAGCAGUGGGAGGCCCCGUUAGCUAAAGUGGUGCUUCAGGUUAAGAACAGUUUCAGGUUAAGAACGGACCUCCGGAACGAAUUAAGUUUUUAACCCGAGGUACCACUGUACAUUUAAAAAUGGUUGGAACUGUAACGAUGACAAUUCUGCUAUUGCUGAGAUUUUGACAUGAUCUGCCUUCGUUGUCAUUUUCUGCACUCUUUUUUUCCUUUCCCAGGCUUGAAAUAUACCAAAGCCGAGAGGUUUUCGCCACAAGAUUCCUAUAAGAAUGGCCUCUGAAGGAUGUCGGAUUUAUGAAGGUAGGUCUCUUGGGGGGGGGGGAGUUUUAGCUCAGGGGCGGUAGAGCAGAUACUUUGCGUUCAGAAGGGCUCAAAUUCAAUCCCUGGCAUUUUCUUAAAAGGGUCAAGUGAUGGCAAAGAGCUCUCUCUGCUGUCAGUCAGAGCAGGUAAUACUCGGCUGGACAGGCAAAUAGACUGACAUGGUGUAUAGAAGCUUCUGCUGGGGUUCUGAUUAUUUUCUUUGCCUAGACUGGGAGGGUAUGAAUGUUCACAACCUUCUGGGGCCAGAGAGAUUGAGUCGCCCCACCCUGUCACACUGAUCCUGUUUGACUCAUGUCAAAGGCAGCAGGGUUUCACAAACAUUCCUCUGUUGCAAACAAGCCAUUUGUGCAGAGAGCAUGAGGAAGUGUCAGUUAUUAGUAGUACAAGUGGGCACUGCAAUGAAAUGUUGCAGUGUGAUGUUCUCCUGAUCAGAAGUGCAGCUGCAGAAUGAAGGGGCCUGUCAGUUUUGAUUCUCUCAUUUUCUCCAUUUUCCAGUCUCCUCAUUUCUGCAGAAAUAUGUGAUUCUUUUCUUUUUAAAAAAAAAUAUUCAUGAAAUUUCACCAGCUUUUUAUUGUGAAUUUCUCCUAAUAAACAUAUUUUUGUAUGCAGUUGUGACUAAUGUACACAUUAUGUUUUUACAUCUGUGGGAGUGUCUGGGUCAACCCAGUCAGAUGGGCAAGGUACAGAUAUAAGGAUGAUUAUUAUUACAAGCAAUUUUCCCCAAUGUAAAUAAUUUUGUGUGUGUGUGAUUUUCACUACUACAUUAACUUCCAUGCAGACUUUCUCCCAAUAUAUGCAUGUCUGUAAGCACUGUUUGGCUGGAGAACAGCUUCGCAAAAUUCAGAGAAAAGCAAAUUUUGUAGGAUGGCUGUGUUUUGAUUCCCAUAUUGCUUCUGGAAGAGUGAAUUAGGUAGGUUUGCCUUUAAAUGCAAACUGAAUCAAAGUUAUCCCCCAUCUCUAAUUGCAGCUGGCUAGUCCUACCCUCUCACAGGAAAAGGCCUUGCUGUUCUCCCACACCUUUCAGUUAGAUUCUAUUGGGGGCUUUAGUCUUUGCACCAAACUUCCCCUUGCUGUGCUUCAUGUGGAUUUGGAACGGUUUCAGCCACUAUGUUUUCUGCUGAUUUUAUUUGUGUGCUUUUUUUGCAGAGCCUUUUGUUCUGUGAUUUAUUUUUAAUUAUUUUUAUCGUAUAGUUCCUCCUAGACUUUGUAAGUUGCAAUGUGGUUGUGAUGACCCUCUGCAUAACGAGGGCUUUGGCUAUUCUCUUUUGUCCUCAUUUAGAAGAUGCUGAGUGCGACAACCACACUAUGGGAAGCGUAGAAAUUUGGCCGGACAGACUAGAUUAUGCAGAGCUGCAAAGUCUCCUUGAUGAAGGUGAAGACUGCAAGGAGAACAUGGCCGAACUUGAGAGGUAACCCAUCAAUAGCAUAUAUGCUUGCCACUCUCAGCAUUGUUUGGUGUGUUAAUCAUCGUCCAUGAUUGCAAAAGCAUUUAACAGGGGUGUUUUUCCUUGAAAAAGCAUUUAGCAGAUUUAACUACACAAGCAGAUAACACCACAUGGCUACUCCCAGUCAUAAAGUGAAAAGAAACUGUUAACGUCAUUAGGCAGCAAACAAUCAGAGUAAUAAAAACGUCUACUUUACAGACCUCGUCAGCAGCUACUCUGGGUAGGGAGACACUUAGAAAAUAGCAUGAAAUGGAGGCAAACAUCUCCACCCUUCGCUGUGUGUCCUAUUUCACAGUCAUCCAUCAGAAUGGCUGUCAGAUGGCAGUCCUCUGUCUGACAAAGAUGCAAGUUCCUUAUUCGUUGUUGUGUAUAUUGCUCCUGUGCUGGAGUCUCUUGGCAACUGUUAUACUGCCAUAUGAUCUGGCACAUUCGUGUACAUGACUAGGGCAGGGAUGGGAAACCUGGGGCCUUCCAGACUCCAUCAGAAUACAGCACUUGUCAUCCUUAACUGUUGGUCAUGCUGGUUGAUGGGAGCUGGAGCUGAACCACUGGAGGGCCCCACGUUCCUCAUCCAUGGUGCAAUGAAUUCGAAAUGUGGGCAGCAAGGGGAAAUGACUACAGCAGUGGCAGGACAAGGAUGCUAGAUAAACUGCUAACAUGCAGACAUUGGCAGUACAUCCCAGAAGAAUUCAGUGGAUUGGCAGGUUUGGCUCAGAGGCUCAAUCCAGAUGAAACCUAUUUGAGGGUCUUAUCUGAAGUUGCAUGCUCAGCCUUGGUCAUUAUUGGGCUUUGGUCUAUAUGGGAUGUUUUUGUGCAUGUGACUCCUUUUGUUGUGGAAUCCUGGCCUACUUCAUUCAUUCAGUUAAUUCGCCACUUCUUUCAGUUUGGUCCAAAUUAACUCAAAAGGAAACUCCACAAAAAGCUGCCCAGCUAAGCUUUGGAGAGUGGCGUUUAAUUCUUCGUGGUAUCCAGGGCCUAGCAAGCUACUUUUAGGUUCAUGUUCUUUACCUUCUGAUGGCUUCCUCCCAUUUGGGUCUUGAACCACUUUCCUAUCCCCACUUUAGAGAGGAUUACAGGAUUAAUUUCAGCUCAAUUAAUCUCUUAAGAACUAAGUGCUUACACAAAUACGUGCAGAGCAAGGAGGUGGAAUAACUCAGAAGAAGCGUGGCAUUUUAAUUUAAUUUUAUUUUUUAAAGUUACAACAAUCCUUAUUUUGGUUUUACACUAUUUCAGGAAGACCGGAAGCAUCAAAAUGCCUGCUGGGGGGGGGCUGCCUAUUCUGCAGCAUAGCAAAGCAUUUCUUCAUGUAUUCCACGAAUGUCGUCAGCUAAGUGACUUUGACAUUCCUUUGAACUGAUAGCGGCAGUUUGCUGAUGAUGACUAUUCUACCAGGCAUAUAACUCCCUGCUAAUAUCCCAGAAUGCACUCUGUUUACUCUUGGAAGCGCCCUGGGACAUCCAAACCUAGCUGUAUAUUUUGAUAAGUGUGAUCCACCUGCACAAUCUCUCCCAGUAACAAAACAAGUUGGGAGAGGGGACAGAUUGUAUUAGCAGUCUUUGUAGAAAGGGACAGUUGACUAGGGUAAUACUGGUGUCUAAAAGAGGCAUAACAACAGCAAUUACUGCUAUUUUUAAGCAUCUUAUGUGAAGAUAUGUUUACAAAUGUACUGCCCACAAUGACCGUGUGGGGGAGGAAAUAAAAUAUACAUUAAUUGUUGCAAUUAAGUAAUUUUAAACUUUGAUCUUAUGUGGGGGGACCUUUAGACGACAGUGGCUUCUACCUGCAUUGGAAGAAGAGUGGACUUGAUUACCUUUCAAAGUUCCUUCCAACUCUAUGAUGCUACUAUGAAAUGUGGAAGCCAUCCCUCCUGCAUGUGGGAGCCCUCUGGAGCCUAAGCUGUUGAGUGGGGCUUUAGAGGUCUGCCCCAAAGUCCUGCCCUAACAGCAACACUGGGGACAUCCAAAGCUCUUAGUGCUGCCACAGCAGCAAAAUCGUCUUGCGCUAGAGUCCAGUUAACAUGGCCACCCCAUCUGAAUGAUUCAAAAUGAGCCACAUGUGCCAGCAUUCGAUCUCUUCCAGAAUACAUAUUGGAAAGCCAGUGUGGUGUAGUGGUUAGAUUGUGGCACAAGGACUGGAGAGAUCCAGAAUUAGGUGCUCGCUUAGCCACAAAACUCAUGAACAACUUCGAGCCAGGCUUAAUCUCUCAGGUUACCAUACUGUACAGCAGGGCUUGGCAAACUUUUUCAGCAGAAGGCCGGUCCACUGUCCCUCAGAAAUUGUGGGGGGCCGGACUAUAUUUUUGGGGGGAGGGGGAUGAACAAAUUCCUAUGCACACUAUGCACACCAGGCAGGCCCCACAAAUAACCCACAGGUGCAUUUUAAAAGGACACAUUCCAUGCAAGAGCACCAGGCAGCCCAGACAGUAUUGUAGAUGAUAAAAAUUAAAAUUAAAAAAAUUCUUACCUGCACUGAUGAUCGUCAUUGUUUGGAUGGGCAGUCCUCACUUGGGUUUGGUGCUAUGUUGUGGUCUGCUGGGCCUCCUGCUGCCAGCACCUCUUCCACGCUUUGGGGGUGGGAUGGGGGCCCUCCUGCCAGCAGCGGAGGCCAGAUCACCACCACACCAGCGGUGAAGAAAGCUCUAGACUGCGCGAAGGUCUCUAGAGGCCUUUCUGCAAUUCGGAGCCCUCCCGCCGGCAGCAGAGACCAGAUCGCUGCCAUGCAGCCAGCGGGGAGGGUUCUGGACUGCCCACAGGAGCACCAGGGCAGCAGCGGCAGUGGCGGAGGGAUGAGCGGCAUGAAAGGGCUGGCUGGCUCCAGAGAGGCCCUGCUCAAAAUGGCAGCCAGCCAGCUCAGCCCAGCCCCCUUUCUCCUCUACGCAGGGUGGGGAGAAGCCGGGAGGAGGGAGGGAGGAGGCACCGUGGUGUGUGAGAAGGAGGGGGGAAAGGUGUUGGGGGGGGGAAUGGUGGUGCCAAAAAAAUUAAAUUAAAUUAAUUAAUUAAUUAAAAAAUUAAAGAACAGAAUCCCCACACUGAUCCACGGACCGUCUGCAGGCCGGAUCCUGAGGGCAAUUGGACCAGAACUGGCCCGCAGACCAUAGUUUGCCGACCCCUGCUUUACAGGGUUGUAAUGAGAAUAAAAUUGUGUUCGAGUGCACCGUGUAUAAGAGUCUAAGAUGGCCCUUAUGGAUCAGGCCAAGGGACCCUCUAUCUGAUAGUCCAGCUUCCUGUUCUCACAGUGGCCAUAUGGGACCCCUAUGGGAAAUCUGCAAGCAGGAUCCAAGCACAGUAGCACUCUCCCCCCUGGGGUUCCCAGCAGCUGCUAUUCAGAAGCCUACUGCCAUGUACAUGUCACCUUGGCCACCUUGUGAGAAAAGCAGAACACAUGGCAAUAGAAUAAGAAACAAUAAAUAUUUACCCACAAGGAAAAUGUCACGCAGACACACAUACCUGCAAAGGAGGGAGGACGAGAAAACGGGACAUUUUGAUUCCCCUGCAAAGAGCCACCAAAUAGCCCCAUUGAAGACACCGAGAAUGUUCUGUGGUUCAGGGGAAACCCCAGUAAAGAUGGGGAAAUUGGAACUGCUCUGCUUGGAGGGAGAGCUUAAUGGAUGCCCUGCUCUCCUUUUAAGAGGAAAGAUACACUGAAAUAUUUUGUUGCAGGUCCCACCUAGAAUAGGGACGCGGGUGGUGCUGUGGGUUAAACCACUGAGCCUAGGACUUGCUGAUCAGAAGGUUGCAGUUCGAAUCCCUGCGACAGGGUGAGCUCCCGUUGCUUGGUCCCUGCUCCUGCCAACCUAGCAGUUCAAAAGCACGUCAAAGUGCAAGUAGAUAAAUAGGUACCGCUCUGGCGAGAAGGUAAACGGUGUUUCCGUGCGCUGCUCUGGUUUGCCAGAAGCGGCUUAGUCAUGCUGGCCACAUGACCCGGAAGCUGUACACCGGCUCCCUCGGCCAAGAAAGCGAGAUGAGCGUCACAACCCCAGAGUAGGUCAUGACUGGACCUCAUGGUCAGGGGUCCCUUUACCUUUACCCACCUAGAAUACUUCUAAAUUCACAUAGUAGAACACAGGUUCCUUCCUUCCUUCCUUCCUUCCUUCCUUCCUUCCUUCCUUCCUCUCUCUCUCUCUCUCUCUCCACACACACACACACACACACACACACACCACCUACCCUCACCAAUGUUUCCUCAGAUGCAUCCAUGUAUUCCAAACAAGUUUGUGUGCCACUUUGGGCAGACUAUUGCUUUAGAAAAUAUAUAAAAGUCUAUAUUGUAAAAUAUUCCCACAUAUGGGAGAAAACCCCAUUUUUUGUAGGACUGCCCUGAAAGAGCAUUUCCCAGAAAAGAAAUGGUCGAGUAGUUUUUAGAGUUCUCCAUGUUUCCAUGAGGUCAUUACAUUCCUAUCCUUCUUGCAAGGAAAGCUUUGCUAUGGAGACACCAGGCUUUUUGUGGAAAAACAAAAACAAAAAACAGCAGGUGCUUGCAAUAUGCAUUUUUAUGAUUGCAGCUGUUCUCCAGAGUAAUGAACGCUUACCUUACUAAAGAAGUUAAACACAACCAUUUCUUGCACUGCCUUUCUUGUAUAAUCUCAACCACAUUUGCAAAGUUCCAGCAAACACGCCUUGGUGGGUGAGGGGGGGGAAAUUAUGACCCUAGACUUCAGUUUUGCCUUCAGUAAAUCAACAAAGCCUCACCAAUCUGUGUGGGGAUGUUCAUAAAUUAUUAUGGAGUGAGCAUCUCUCUUUUCAAAAGAGCGGCAGCUGGAAAAAGAACCAUCAAUUGUUCCUGAGACUUUAAAAGAGAGAAAAGCUUAAUUCUACAGGCAAUUACCCUUCACUUGAUGAAGCACAUGUGUAAUUUAUACUUGGAUGCUCAUAGAAAGCGAACAUCAGAAAUGACAUUUAUUUAGCUAUUUAUCUGUAACUACUUUUCUAUGGCAAAGCAGUAGCAGAGCUUGAUAUUUUUCAUUGGCAUCAGAUUUGCGACUGACAUUCCUUUUAUUUGACAGUGGUCAUCAUCUUACUCUUGCAAGCAGCAUGGGGCAUCCACACUCAGAUGUGUAUUUUGAUAGGGCUUGCCUGGCUCUAUAAUCAAUUCAAAAAACAAAAAUGAUGCAAUGAGGUGUGGUGUUGUCCACCUGAUCUGGAGCUCUUGCAAAACAAACCCACUUCCCCCCAAUAUCAGACUUCUGUGAUAUGGAAAGUGAUUGGAAAAGGCACUGGAAAGUGUGGGAUAACCCUUGAUUUGAUGCAUAAUGUAUUGUCCCUACAAACAAAUCCGAACAAAUGCUCAUUAAAUGGGCAGCAGCAUCUAAUCUCUGCAAACAAAUCAGACUGAAUGCUCAUUAAGCAGGCCGUCCAGAAGUGACUUCAGACAGACUUGUGCAAAAGCAGCCCUCCUAAAAAUCAAAAGGUGUGUGUGUGUUUAAAAUGUGUUAUUUUAAUUUUUGACAGAAUGGAAGAAGAUGUGCCUUGGGAAGAAAGAGACAGUGAAUAUUUUGCCCGAUUUCUGAAUGAAUUCCCUACCCAGAGAGAAGAGAUUGAAAAGUGUAUCAGAUGCCUUUGGGAAAUGGCCGAUGACAUUGACCAGACCCAUAAGAAGUGUACUAUUGCCAGCAUUGCUGCCAACUCUACCAGUGCCUCCUCUGGCCUCUUGACCAUCUUGGGACUCACCUUGGCCCCCAUCACAGCAGGUGGGAGUUUGAUCUUGACAGCCACUGGGAUCGGUUUAGGGGCAGUGGCCACAGCGACUGGCCUUUCUGCCACCUUAUAUGAGAGCGUGAAUAAUUCACAGGAAAGGAAAAAAGCUCAAGAACUGGUGAGUGAAUGUGAGAAAAGUCUAAGAAAGGCAAUGCAUCCUGAUUUCUGCUUUGGAUCGCCCCCAAAUAGCGGGGCUGUGGGGGAAAACAUGAAACAACUUGUCUCCAAUGUUGCCGGUCAAGUUCCUGACCUGUAUAAGGCUGUGAAGGGAAUCAGAAUGAAUGUAAAGGCAUUGAAGCAAGUCCGAGCCAAUCCUGGCUUGAAGGAUUUAGCAAAGCGAGUCACUGCUGCAGGUAGCAGAUCCCGGGGUACAAUCCGAGGGGCCAAGCAUGCCAGAAAGGUCUUUGCGGGAACCACCCUUGCCAUGAGCAAAGGGGCCAGGCUGCUGAGUGCGGCAUCAACUGGGGUGUUCCUCCUCUUCGAUGCCUAUGGCAUUGUUCAGGAUGCUAAACAUUUGACCGAGGGAGCCAAGGCAGAAACGGCCGCAGAGAUAAGAAAGAAAGCUAGCAAACUGGAAGAAGAACUUCGUCAUAUUGACAGGCUCUAUGAGGAAAUGAAAGGCCUUGUGUGCGAAUCAGAGUGAGCGAAGAAACAGACGGCAUGUGCAUGAACUACGCAAUUCUCUAUUAGUCUGUAUUUGGUCGUGGUAAAUAUGUGGAAUCGUUUCUGACUUGCAGCUAUCUACUUCACAUUUCUUCAAGAAACUCUGGCCCAAUACAGAUGCCCAUUUGGCCAUGUGUCGACAUUUUCUACCAUAGAUCUGCAUGGUUGCCUGAAUUAAUGAAAGCAUGUUUUGUGUGUGAUUGUGUGUUUACCCUGCUGUUGAUUCUAGUUUGGGGGCCUUAUGAGGCGGUAAGUCUUGCCCACAUUAACCACUCAGUAAGCUGGUCGUCUAUAUUAGUAACUCAUGGCUGGUAACAUUGACAGCCCCUCCAGGUGCUGUUUUUAUUGUGCAUUCAUGAUGAUUUGUGCUCAUGAUGGUAUUGGGAGAGUUUUACAUGAUCCCACUGUUUGUGCCUGCAAAAAUGGGGGGGGGGGUGAACAUAUUGCUUCAUUUCCAAUCGGUGUAUGUCCCAUAUUGCUGCAAUCCUGUAACUUAUCAUACCACAAAUAUUCCAGGGUUUGUUUUGCUUGUUUGUUCUGCUUUUGCUACAUUGUGACACAAGAUUCCACACACACACACCCCGAUGGCAAUAAUGCAGUAACAUUGGGGAGGCAUCACAACUAAUAAAAUGGAAUGAUGGAUGGAUGGACCCACCAAUACAUACACAUACCAACCAAUAAUGCAUUAUUACUGCAUCAAUGGCAUGUUGCAGAACAUACCCUUAAAAAGAAGAAGUGUGAAGUGGCAUUGAGUAAGGAAGGUGUUCCUACUGAACAAGUUUCCCAUGGGUCUUUCAAGGAACAGCUUGCCUUUCCAGCUUUAAACUUCUGAUUUAUUUUCCAAGUGUUGUUUACAUAUUUUGAAAGAGUUUGAAAGAGUUUCAGUGUUAUUAUUUAAUAAUCAUGUAUGUUUGGGUGUGAUUUGAUAGGAGC